AUGGACUUGCUUUUUUGGCUGGCUCUUUUAUGGGCAGGUUCUAAGGCUGUUGUUUUGGGUUUCGCAGAGCUGGGGGCGUUUCUCGUUGCCCAUGAAAGGUGGGGUGUACUGGCUCUUCUCCUUUUUUGGUUUCUGCUUAGACAGAGGCAGGAUGCAUCAUCUCUUUUUUUCUUCUCUUCCUUAGUUUUAUUAUUCAAGCAGUUUGGAUUGCAGCUUUUCAACUUUGUUUGGGAUGGGUUGCUUACACUCCUCUAUACUCUUUUCUUGAUUUCUUUUGGUGUUGGAUUUUCUCAUGUUCCAGUGUCCUUUGUGGUCCUCCUCAACAUUUUAAGUCGUUUUUUCUGUUGUCUUUUCCGUCCCCUUUCAAGCGACAGGCGUUUGGGUUAUCAGGUUUCCUGCUCCCCUUCUCAAGGAAAAGAGAUAGUGACUCUUGACAAUACGAUGAUCCUUCAUCAAAUGACAUUGGAGGACUGAUUAUUGGGGACAUUGGAUAAUUCUUCUUUGAAUGUGACAUUAUCAAUGAGAACUUAUGUGGUUUUCUUAAAAAGAUCUCCAAAUUACAUUUGC